UCUCAACUUGUUGCUUGCUUUCCCAUUUUCUGUCUGGAUGUGAUCACCAUGUGACACCGCCUACGGAUGGAGUUGUGCUUACUUCUGCUUUCACCCACAAAACAUCUGUUGUUCAGAUGUGAGGCUGCACAGGAGGAGGGGCGUGAAACACUGGCUCAGGAUGAAUACUUAAGGGCCUGCUGGCAGUUUGUCAGCCACCCACACCUCUCUGUCUAUAAUCUCUCUCCUCCUCACAUCAUGACUGUUGUUGUUUUUCUGCACUUUCAUUUACGUCAGGCAUGUUUUUGUGUGGUUUUUCAAAUGAAGAACAUUGUGUUCCCAUUCGGGCUGGUUAUCUGUACUCAAUAUCUUUAAUAAGGUCUUGACGUAAGUUACCCAGUUUAUUAUCCUUGUCCUUGGAGGAUAAACAUGUCUGCUAUAAAAUUAUGUAUUCACAUUAGAACACAAUCGAUAUUAGAUACUAAUACUAAUUUUAAAGGGGAAAAGUUCACCAAUUAACAAUAAAGUGGCUGAUAUAGUGAAUUUUGAGUAAAAAUAGACCUUUUCUGUAUUAUGCACAGAUAUGACUGUGAAGGUACAUAGAAGGCUGUUUUCUAAAACAAAUAACUUUAUUAUACGAUAUUAAACAUUAUUACACAUCAUGCAUACAAUGUAUUACCUUGUCAGCCAAUUAUAGUAAUUAAAACUCAGAAAAAAAAUUAUAAAAUAUAAAGUAAAUAGCAAAAUAAGCAUCAAUAAUAUAGGUUCCGUAUAAAUGAAUUGCUGAACAUUAAAAAAAAAAAAAAAAAUUAAAUAAAAUUAAAAGAUGUGUAGUACUGUAUGUUCAGUAUUAAAGAAAAAUGAGGUUAAAUGUGAGGAUUUAAUGCUUUCCUUGGUCUUGAAUUUAAGAAAAAUGUAUAUUUUUGGGUUGGAAAAACCUGAAAUCUGAAUAAACCACUUAAACCCAGAGGAUAUUUUUACAGGCUUCUAUUAGUGUUUUGUGACAUUUUAUUGAUCAAAUGAUCAAUGGAGAAAAUAAUCUCAUUGGUAUUGGACAUAACGAAAUGCUUUAAUUUUACCUAUAACUUGACUGUUUAUUCCUUUUCCUGGGAUUGCCUGACUGUAAGAAAAUCAAUAAUAUGACCAGUGACCGGCAGCCCUUCUCAUUAUGUUUCUGACUGAUGCAUCUCUCAGCUCUGGGGAUGACGGUGGUGGAGAGCGAGGCCUGCUCCACACCUGGAGGGGCUACUCCUGCAGUGUCACCCCAGAAAGGCUGCUCCUCCCUGGGCCUGUCCUUCAGGUUGCCCUGGGCACACGGCACGGCGUUCUGCUGGUGGAAGGAGGGCAGGUGUACAGUUUUGGGGAGUUGCCAUGGAAGCAGAGUCAGGUGCCUGAGCCGGCAAAGCCCACCCUGGAGAGCGUGCUCAGCGGCCAGCGGGUGGUCGCUGUUGCAGCUGGAAGUUUCCACAGCGGGGCGGUGACGGAGGACGGCGGCGUCCACAUGUGGGGGGACAACAGCUCGGGGCAAUGCGGCUUGUCGGGCCUCAGCACCGUCCCCAACCCGACUCCAGUCGCUCUGGUGGACUCGGACACCAGCCCCCCGCAGACGGUCCCCGUUCUGGAGCUGGCCUGCGGGGAGCAGCACACCCUGGCGUUGUCGGUCCAGCGGGAAGCUUGGGCGUGGGGCAGCGGUUGCCAGCUGGGUCUCAACGUCACCGUCUUCCCCGUCUGGAAACCACAAAAGGUGGAGCACUUGGCCGGCAGGUAUGUGCUCCAGGUGGCCUGUGGGGCGACACACAGCCUGGCUCUGGUGCGCUGCCUGGGCCCUCAGGACAACCACCGCCCACCUGUGGACAAAUGCAGACAGUGUAACCAGCUGCUGUACACCAUGACGGACAAAGAGGACCAUGUCAUCAUCUCUGAUGGUCACUACUGCCCUCUCGGGGUGGAGCUGACUGGGGAUGAGAGCAGGCUGGAGGCGCCCGCUCCAACGCAAGUCCUCAAAACGUCCCCGUCCGAGCCGGUCCUCCCCUCCUACACGUCCACCUCACACUCCCCUAAAGGUGCUGAGCCCUCCGACCACUCUCAGGACUCAGAGAAAGAGGAGUCAGCUUUGGCUAACGGAGCGCUGCCAGAGUCAGACUCCGACCCCUCAGCUCAGUCCGCAGCUGGUGUUGCUCUGGGGGUCAAGAGUUCACCGUAUCCUGAUGAGCAGGCUGUCAGAGACUACCUGAAGAAACUGUCCGACAACACGCAGGCUGAGGCCAAGACAGCCGGAGGACUGCACACUCUGCUGCCGUCAGCAGGAGGGCUGCCCUCCUCCACCCCCAGCUCCACGCUCAACAGCCUGGUGGCGUCCUGUGCCUCUGCAGUGGGCGAGCGGGUCGCCUCCACCUACGAGGCCUUAUCCCUCAAAAAGAUGAUGAACUUCUACCUGCCCUCUGGGGCGGCGAGGUCUGGCGUGCCGGCGGGGCUCACAGGUGUCGCGGGUGACAACACCACGGAGCGAGUCCGCCAGGAGGAAUCCACACAGGCCAAGAAGAGCUCCAGCACGGGGGACAUCCGCGAGGAGGAGGCGGAGGGUCUGCGGCGCCGGCUCUCGCUGCCAGGACUCCUCUCUCAGGGUAGAUACGCUGUUCACCUCUUAUCCUCCUCCUAUGGCCUGCUGCUGUCCCCGCGGCUGCUGAGGAAAGCCUGUCGUCCCAGGAUGCGUGCGGUGGCUCUCACCCCGCUGGGAGGGGCCGUCCCCGAGGCCCAGGAGGUGUUUCCCACCCUGCAGACGGAGGUGUGGAGCUGGGGCCACGGCGAGCAGGGACAGCUGGGACACGGAGACAAUCUGGCCAGAUUACAGCCGCUCUGCAUCAAGAGUCUGAACAAUAAGGAGGUGGUGCGGGUGGCGGCUGGCGCUCAUCAUUCCCUCGCUCUGACUUCUCAGUCUCAGGUGUUUUCCUGGGGGAGUAACAGCUCCGGCCAGCUCGGACACAUGGAGUCACCCAGCACCAUCCCUCGCCUCGCAAAGCUGUCAGAGGGGAUCCGGGCCUGGGACAUCAGCGCUGGGGAGAAACACUCCCUCCUGCUGGCAGACGGAGACUGCUUCCGGCCCAUCAUUUACUACAGCGGACAGCAGGUGAAGGACGGGGUGGAGGAGAGCCAGAGCAAGGAGCCGGGUCAACAGGAAGAAAGGGAGGAAGAGGAGGAGCGGGCAGGAGGCUACACCCAGCAGCCUGUACUGCUGCCUUUCUGCAUAGACCUCGGUUAUGUGAGCAACGUGUUUGCGGGCGGCCAGCGGUGCGUGGCGCUGUGGGACAGGAACGUGAUGGGCCUCAUCGCCAGCCUCCACGAGCUGGCCGCCGCCGAGAGGAAGUUUUACUGCAAGCUGUGCAACAUCAAGACGCAGAUAAUACGCCCCCUGCUGGAGCUGGAGUCUCUGAGCGCGGUCCUCGGCCCGGUGGCCCUCGGGCUUCUGCAGACUCUCGCUGGGCGCUUCAGCCUCCUGUGUCACCUCACCGGGCAGCACGCCGCCAGCCUCACCGCCAACCUGCGGCGCGUCCGCGAGGUCAAGAGCCUGCUCGUCCUCGACCACGCCAGCAUCUUCCUCGACUCUUACCACGAGUACUGCAGGGCUGUGGGGAACUUCCAGGUGAUGGGAGGUUUCCAGACCCUGACCAAACCCUCACUAGAUUUCUUUGGGAAGAGUCCCGAGCUGCUUAAGAAGCUGUCAGAGUGCAGCGAGGAGAACCCCACCAUGGCCGACCUCCUGGUGGCGCUCUUUUACCUCCCAACUCGCCACCUUGACGAAUACGGCCGGCUGCUGCUCAAACUGGCCACCUGCUUCGAAGUGUGCUCCGAUGACUACCAGAGGCUGCAGGACAGCUGCUCCAGGUUCGAAGCUUUGGCGCUCCAGCUGAAGAGAAAAAGGAAGGACGCCGACUACACGUUUCAUUUCUGGAAGAGCUUCCCCGGCAAAAUGACGGACUCCCUGAGGAAGCCUCACCGCCGGCUGAUCUGCGAGAGCAGCAACAAAGCGCUGACGCUGCAGAACGCCGGGAGGUUCUCCGUCAACUGGUUCAUCGUUUUCAACGACGCUUUGGUCCACGCACAGUUCUCCACCCAUCAUGUCUUCCCCUUGGCCACACUUUGGGUCGAGCCGAUCCCAGAGGAGAACACUGGCAUAUACGGAUUAAAGGUGAUCACACCAGAGGAGACGUUCACCCUGCUGGCCUCCUCUCCCAUGGAGAAGACCAAGUGGCUCCGCUCCAUCAACCAGGCGGUGGACCAGGCCCUGAGCGGGGCGGGGCAGGACUCUGCAUCCAUUGGCUCGGGUUCGGGGCAAAAGCUGGAGCCUCCCGCCUCCAGGACGGCCUCCUACACUUUUUAUAAGGACGGACGGCUGAAGGAGGCGACAUAUGAAGGACGCUGGCUCACCGGGAAGCCCAACGGCAGGGGUGUGUUGAAGUGGCCUGAUGGGAGAAUAUACACAGGGACGUUCAGGAACGGACUGGAAGAUGGCUUUGGUGAAUUCCUGGCUCCCAAUAAGACGCUCAACAAGAACGAUCACUAUCAAGGUCACUGGAAAGACGGCAAGAUGCACGGCCUGGGGACGUACAGGUAUGCGAGCGGCGAGGUUUAUGACGGGUCCUUCCAGGACAGCAUGCGACACGGACAUGGCAUGCUGCGCAGCGGCAAGCUCAACACCUCCUCCCCCAGCGUCUUCAUCGGCCAGUGGCUGAACGACAAGAAGACCGGCUACGGAGUCUUUGAUGAUAUCACAAAAGGGGAGAAGUACAUGGGCAUGUGGCAGGAUCACCAGCGGCAAGGCACCGGGGUCGUCGUCACUCAGUUCGGACUUUAUUAUGAAGGAGCCUUCAAAGAUAACAAGAUGAUGGGCACGGGAGUCCUCCUGUCAGAGGACGACACCACGUACGAGGGGGAAUUCUCUGACGACUGGACUCUCAAUGGAAAGGGCGUGCUCACCAUGCCAAACAGUGACUACCUGGAGGGCUCCUUCAAUGGCGAGUGGGGCUCUGGCCUCAAAGUGGCGGGCUCCUACUUCAAACCGCACCUGUUCGACACCGACAAGGACAAGACCCGAGCCGUGAAGCUGGGGCGUCUGUGUGUGUGUGCCGAGGAUAAGUGGCAGGCGGUGUUCGAGGAGUGCUGGAGCCAGCUGGGCUGCGAGGCGCCGGGUCGAGGAGAGAGCUUGAAGGCCUGGGAGAACAUCGCCGUGGCCCUCACCACCAGCCGACGACACAUCCAGGACAGUCCAGAGAUAAUGUCUCGAAGUCACAGCAGAACCCUGGAGAGUCUGGAGUUCAUCCCGCAGCACGUAGGACCGAUCACCAUGGAGAGAUAUCACACCAUCCGCCUCUACCUCAUCAAGGCAUGUGACACCCCGCUCCACCCGCUGGGCCGGCUGGUAGAAGCCCUGGUGGCGGUCUACAGGAUGACCUACGUGGGCGUUGGAGCGAAUCGUCGUUUGCUGCCUCAGGCGGUCAACGAGAUCAAGUCUUACCUCAACCGCAUCUUUCAGAUCGUCAGGUUUCUUUUCCCAGACCUGCCAGAAGAGGGCGGUCUUAUUCCAGAGCCGACCACUAACCAGCAGGACAAGACGGACCAAGGCUCAGCUGCCCCGCUAGAGUCACCAAAACCUGGGCGUGUGGUGAGCAGCUCGGCUCUGCUGCUCCCCGUCCUGCUCCCUCGCCUCUACCCGCCGCUCUUCACCCUCUACGCUCUGGACAAGGAGAGAGAGGACGACGUCUACUGGGACUGUGUCCUCCGCCUCAACAAGCAGCCCGACCUGGCCCUGCUCGCGUUCCUCGGCGUUCAGCAAAAGUUUUGGCCUGUUUCUGUUUCUGUUCCUGCCUCCAAGCCUGCAGUGGGGGAGAAGCAGCAGGUCCUCUCCAGCACGAAGGACGCCUGCUUCGCUUCUGCAGUGGAAACUCUACAACAGAUCAGCACAACAUUCACCCCGUCAGACAAGCUGCAGGUGAUCCAGCUCACCUUCGAGGAGAUCACUCAGGAGGUUCAGUCGCUGCUGAAGCAGGACUUCCUGUGGUCCAUGGACGACCUUUUCCCCGUCUUCCUCUACGUGGUGCUGCGAGCACGAAUCAGGAACUUGGGCUCAGAAGUGAGUCUGAUCGAAGACCUGAUGGACCCCUGUGUUCAGCACGGAGAGCACGGAAUCAUGUUCACAACUCUCAAGGCUUGUUACUACCAGAUCCAGCAUGAGAAGAUCACUUAAAACAAGCGCAGCGUGACUUCCUGCUGUCACAGCCAAUCACAGGGCCAGGAUCAGUGAGGCCUCCAGCAGCGGCCAAUGGGAAGCGCAGGAUCAUAUGAACAGGUUCCCGACAGCUCCAUCUGCUGUUGCCAUGGAGAAACACACAAACACACACCCUUUGACUGACGUCUACCAGCUGAUCAUGAAUGUUGUCGGUGUUGUACUGCCGGAGAUGAGCCACUUUAAACCGUCCAGUGUAAAACUGACCACAGACUGACUUCCUGCGGGAAAUCCUGACGAAGCUGACGCCGUUAGCUUUUGAGGAAUCUAAAGGUUAUAACAAGUAUUUUUUUUAGUGCCAAUGGGACUGGUUUGUUCUCUGGUUUCUCAGCUUCAUUUAGAAGAAGCAUGAAACUGUUCGGCGAGACGAUUCUUCGCAGAAAACUUCUUGUUUUUCACCUGACAUUUACAUGAUGAAACUGACUUAAUCUCCUGAAAGCAUGCACCUUUAUGAAACUGACAGACUUUUUAUUUAUCAUAUCUGAAGUGUUCUCAAAACAGUAUUUUACAAGAGAAAUAACAUAAAGGAUGAAGUAACUAACUGGUUGGUUUUGCAAAUGCAUGUCUGUCACGUCCCUGAGCUUUUCUGUAAGAACUAUCCACCGUAUUCCUUGUGGUACUUUUGUGAAUCCAACAUUCCUGUUAAACCCUGAACAGGAUCUUACCUCUGUCUUCUACUACUGGGGGCCUCAGAUAACACAUACUACCAUAUUUAGUUACUUUAUUGCUGUCAGCAAGCCCACCUUCAAAAAGGCCCACAAAAAACAUCUGAAUCAGUUGAAUUGUACGCUAUGUUUACUUAUACUUAUUUAUGCCACUAAUCUUGCUGUCAGACAGCCCUUAAAGAGAAAAUACACCACCUCUUUUUAAAGAAGUUCCUUCAUGGUUUAACAAAAACUACAAAAAUCUUAGUGCCCUAAUGCAAAACCAGGCUGAGAAAAUCGCCUGUUUUUGAAGUUUUGCAGGAACGCACAGCAAAAGUGAGUGAAAAGAGAUGUUUUUCAUGACCACUCUGAGAUCCCCUUAUGUCAUUCUAAACGCAGGUUUCAGCAAAAUCUGGAUCUUUUACAGGUUGGGAAUUGACACAUAAAAAACAAAGUGCAAUAGUCCAUUCUUCAGUCUCAGUUUUUCUUUAUAUGAUGCAAAAAUGAUCCGUCUUCUCGAGCUAAACAAACCAUUUAAAUGUCCUGAGUUUGGAGAUGCAUGUAUUUUUUUAACAGGACAUGUUUCUUUCCUAAUGCCUAAUAUUGUGACCUGCUAUCAUCCGUAUAAACCUUCUUUUUUUCAGCAGUGUGGACAGAAUUAAAUCUAUAGGUUCCCCUGCAGAAAUCUCCUCUAGCUUUUGGUCGAAGCUGAAAAUAAUCUGACACUGUGUUCAUUGCAGGCAGGCAGAGAAUGUCUUAUUACAUCUGUGAAACAAUUAAUACAACAGUUAAACAUUUAGAUUAUGUUUAAUUUGGGAUUUCUCCUGCUGCAGGUGGUGUUUGAGCAAAGGAACCGUCACUGUUUUUAAAGAUGUGAUGUUCGAAGCCCUUUCUCUGCACCAUCUGUUAACGCUAACUGUUCUUUUUUUAAACACAAACUGUCAGACAUUGUUGCUUAUUUGUGAUUUGCGUCACACAUGCCAGUUUAUAAAAAGGGCUUAAGAGGGGAUUCAGAGGAUGACCGAGCUUCUCUCUUUUUUAAAUAUCACGGCUUUUGUUUUCUCAGAGGGUUUAACAAUAGAAAAUCCAGAGGAUCAGAGGCCUCUUUCUGAAGGGACUAAAUUUAGGUGAAGCUGCAGGAUUUUUAGUAUCUAGCAUCUGAAAAAAGGCAUCAAACGGUUCCAGCUUAAAGCUGCUACAACACAAAAAUGAUCUGAGGUCACACACAUGUAAAAUUCAAGCAAAUGAUCCCUGAAGCAAAGCUUAAAACUGUUGUUAAAUACUGUACAUUUCAAGAGAUAUUUAAAUAUACUAGUUCAUUGUUAAGAAUUAUAACUUUGAACUAAGUUUACAGCCUUAAAAUAUGAGCUAAUUUGCUUGGCCUAAUGGUUGGCCUUGACAGUAAACACAGGUGACUCUGUAUUUCGAAAUUGAUGAAAGUAAAAUACAAGGGUUUUACAAGGACGCUAACUAUGCUAGCUAUGUUUUGUUUGUUUUUGGAGCAUUUUCAAUUUGCGCGAAGUGAAAAUGCCCAAAAUUUGGAAAUAAAAAAAUUGAAAUAUUGCAAAAAAGUUUUUCUCUUGGCUGAGGUGGAGUAUCAAUUACAACAAAAUGCUAAAAAAAUAAACAUUUGCAUAAAAAUGUAAGUUUGAGUGACCCUGUUAACUGGUGACUUUAAGCUGAAAGCGGUUGCUUGUACUAACUGACAAUGGCUGGCGUUGAUAAUAAACCCAAAUGAGUAUGUUUUCAAAAAGAUAAUUUUACAAGGACACUUUUAUGUUCUGUUUGUAUUGCAACUACGGCAUGUUCAGCUGAGUCACCAGUUAACAGGGUCACUUUUUAAACCGUAACAUCGAUCAUAAUUUAAACAGGAGGAAACUAUGGGAGGGAAACAUUAUUCAACGGGGGAACAACCUUUUUUACAGCGCAAAAGUAAACCACGUUUCAUGUUCAUUACUUGCAAAAUGAUGCGCUCAGUUCACCAAAAAUAUGAUCAUCAUUUUUUAUAGCAUUGUUCAAUUUACGUGAAGCGAAAAUGCUCAAAAUUUGGAUGCAAAAAAAACCUUGAAAUAUUGCAAAAAAGUUAUUUUGCUUGGCUGUAUUGCUAAAAGCACAAUGCAAAAAAAAGAGAAAAGAAAACAUUCUCUGGCAAACAUUUCCUCAACCAGAGACUUCCUGUUCAGUGCGUUGUGUAUAUGUGAUUUGUAAUUCAACUCUGUCAUUAAAGUUCCUCUGUUGUCACUGCUGCCUCUCAUAACGAAGGACAGAAGAAGUAUGUUCCGUCGACAGCAUUUGCAAACCAAACUACAAACACAGAACGAGACAUUUAUUGUGAUCUUUGUACCUUAACUGACUCACUUACAUGAAGUGUAAAUCCAAACUGAAUGGUUAUAAAUAGAAACUGAAGAUAAUGUCCAUAAGCUAACGUUGGGUUCGUGUUCUCAAUAAGUGUUUCAGAUGAAAACGCGCCACGCAGGUCAUGCUGUUGCAUUGUAGGUGAAAAUGACUGUUUUGUCAAUGGACUUUGGUGUUUACUAGUUGACAUUUUGUGUUUCAGCUGGCUGACUUGACUCCCACCUGUGUGACUUUUACAUGAUGUCAAAUAUAUUGUACCUUUAAAUAACAAUAACAAAGGGCAAUAAACUCAUUUGAUGGACGUUGAUAACUAAUCUGCUCCAGAAAUUAACUGUGAUGCAAAAAUUGUGAAAACAGUGUGACAUAUUUUCUGGUUCCAGCUUCUACAAUGUGUUGCUUCUCUCUGUUUUAUAUGACUGUAAACUGAAUAUAGUUGUUUGGAAGCUGUGAUGAUAUAUUUUUUCUCUUUGUUUCUGACAUUUCACAGACUAAAGGAUCAAUCAUUUAACUAAAAGAAGUCUUUUCUGUUAAUUUAUUAUUAAAAUAAUCUUCGGUUG